GAGGAACCUGCAAAGAAAAACCACAGAAAAAGUGCAUUUCAUGAAGGUGGGUUUAUUCAUGCAUGUCAAUAAGGCAAAGAGGAAGACGGUCACUUCUUCCUCUCGAUUUCUUUGAAUGUCAUGAUCACCUCCUCUUUGCGACCUGUAGACGCUCACAUUUCUACCUUUUCACUUACUCCAAUAUGAGUCUGAAGACCGGGUUUGUGGUCCUCCUUCUCUGCAUGCCAGGGCUGCUCAGUGCUGAGUGGGGGGGGACCUACACUGAGGAGGAGAUCUGUGCAAUUAAAGGAUCCACUGUGACGCUUCAGUGCUCCUUUAAGUUCCCGCCCACAGAAGGCGGGCGUGAGAUCAAAGUCAAGAAAACAUUUUGGUUCACCAAAGAUCCAAAGGAAGAUCUGAGACUGGACCCUCAGUACUUUGGUAGGAUACAGUCUGAGUGUCAUGGCAACAUCUGCAGUCUGACCAUCACAGACGUGAGACGGAGUGACGAGUACAAGUUUAGAUUCACAACUGACCAUUCCGGAGGAGGGUACAGCGUCACGCCUGGUGUCAAAGUGACCGUCAUUGAUCUGAAAGUACAAAAAGUGCCAAAGUACUCGAAUUGGUUUGAUCUGAAGUGUGUCAGCAACACUUGCAGUCCUUGGUCUCCUUCUUCAUACGUCUGGUAUAAGAAUGGAGAGGAAAUCCAAAAUGCAAAGUCCCAAGUGUACACAGUAUGGUAUGACUCCACAGACAGUUACUCCUGUGCUGUAAGAGGACACGAGCAAGCUGUGUCUCCUCCAGAGUGUGCGUACUGGUCAUGUAACAAGGUGGUUUACGACAAGAGACACAUCUGUGCCAUCCAAGGAUCAUCAGUGGACAUUGAAUGUGAAUACACGAGCUAUAGAAAUACCCUGACACAUUUCUGGUUCCGUACAGAUUCUAGUCACUCGGGGAACCCCUCCAUGACUGAAGACCCUCGGUAUGAAUUACCUUCAGAGACUUCUGGAAAAAGCACACUGAGAAUAAAAGAUGUGAGGCAGAGUGAUUCUGCUGAGUACCGCUUCAAAUUCACCACUUCUUAUGGUUUUGAAUGGAGCAGUAUUUUACCUGGAAUCACCUUGACAGUAACAGCUGUGCAGGUGCAGGUGAUGUCAGUCACAGUUGAAGAUUCUCACCUUGUUGCACAAAUGUUGUGUCACACAAGCUGCCUUCCAGAAGCUCCUUUGUCUUUUGUGUGGCAGCAGAAUGGAGAGGAUAUAAAGCAUGAAACCAAAGUAGAAGUCACCUUGUCACCUGGAGACUACAUCACCUGUGCUGCACAACAACAUCAACAUAUCAGCAUCUCUCCUCUCCUGUAUGUUCUGAAAAGACCCUCAGUGUCUCUGAGUGAUACUGGUGACAUAUUGGAGGGUCGUCCACUGACACUGACCUGCAACAUCCACAACUUCAACUACUCCUCAGCAACAGUUGAUUACUGCUGGUACAAGAAGAAGAAGAAUGUGUCUUCAGAUGAGGAAGUCCUCAGUAAAGGUCGACAACUGGUCUUCAAGUCCAUCAAGUCUUCAGACUCAGCAAAGUAUUUGUGUACUGUGGAGAACCAGCUGGGGAAGAAGACAUCAGAACCCGUCUUCAUUGAUGUCCAAUAUCCUCCCAGGUCGUUGUCUUUGUCCGUCAGUCCGUCUGGUGUCAUUGUUGAGGGACAGUCGGUGAAUCUGACCUGCAGCAGCGAUGCUAACCCGCCCCCCAGCUACACCUGGUACAAGGACCGCCAAACUCUAACCCAAACACUCCAAAAACAUUACAGUUUCACCUCCAUCCGUCCUGAAGAUGCCGGAACAUUCCACUGCAUGUCUGAGAAUAAACAUGGACGUGUCAACUCUUCAACAGUCGUCAUAGACGUCCAAUAUGCUCCGAGGCGUCCAGUUAUCUCAGGGGCCCCCUCCAGUGAAGUCAGCGAGGGCUCUUCGGUCUGGUUGACUUGUAGCAGCGACGCUAACCCGCAGGCUAAGUACAGUUGGUGGAAGAGGAGUGAAGACCAGAUAGGUGAUGAAGAUGUGCGGAGAGCAACAUCUGCCACCUUCAACCUCACUGACCUUGGACUUGAGGCCAGCGGGGUCUACAUGUGUGUGGCCUCCAGCAGCAGAGGCAGCAGCAACUCCUCAGUGAGGCUGCAAGUGAAGGCCUGUUCCUGGAGUGUCACCAUGGCAACAGCUGUGGGCUCAGUCGCUGGUCUUGUUCUUGUUCUGGUGGUCCUGGUUCUCACCGCCUUCCUGGUGUGGAGGAAAAAGAGGCCAUCAAAGGAGUCCAGAGCAAAGUCCAGCGCGGGUGCAGAUUGUGGCGAGGCUUCAACCCGGGAACAGAAAGAAGUGGUUUAUUCCCAAGUCCACUUCACCACAUCCAGCGAAGGUCCGGUCUACGCCAACAUCACGCCAGCUAUGCCCCGCAGACACUUGGUGGAGGAGUCGGAAGACGGCGUGGAGUACGCCACAGUCAGAAAAGCGUGAGAGCGGGAUGAGCUCCUUUCACUUUCGUUGUGGUUGUCCCAGACGAGGGACGAAGUCUACAACGAAAGGAAGCAUUUGAUGCAUGAAGAUUUUGCUGUCAUAAAUAAUUGUAUGUUAGCCCCUCCCCUUUCUCACAAUCAUCAAUAUGACUGUGAUCUAUUUCUUAUCUUAUUCAAAGAUUGCACCAAUAUUCAUCUCUUUUUCACCAAGAUCCAUCCCAGUCUUGUGCAGGUCUACAAUCUUUGCUCCAUUCUGUUAAUGAGCUUUGAAUGAAGAGAGACUUUGUGUCACAGCUUUUAAACACACAGGCAGUUAAAUUAGGAGCACUUUCUUAAAGGGACAGGACACAUAAACACUCUGUGAGUCAUGAUGCUAGUAGAGAUGGGAGAUAAGGCCAUAUACAUUUUAUAUAUAUGUAUAUAUAUAUAUAUAUAUAUAUAUAUAUAUACAUAUAUAUAUAUAUAUAUAUAUAUAUAUAUUUGCAUCACACAACCCUACGUGCUAAUACAGUAGAUAUUUGCUCAUUUUUUAUGCGAUGCUUACAUCCCAGCAGAUGUUGAAAAAAUAAUAGACAAACCAAUAAGAACACUGAAAAAUACAGAUGUUAAUUUCCCUAUAGAUUGCUUUUACACAUGAAUACAAAUCCCAGGCAUGUGUUAUACAGUGUUGUACUUACAAAACGUGCAGAUACACAACAUCACAUCUGGUCAAAGCAUCUUCCUGCUGGACAAUGUUGAGUGAAUGGACUUAAUGAGACAGCGCCCCCUGCUGUUUUUAUCUUUUGUUUUUACACUUUUUUUUAACAGUGGGCCAUUUGUGACAUCACAAGUUGACAGACGUACUUAUAUGGGCAUUGUUGUAUCCGCUGUCAGCCUGCCUCCUCCCACUCUGCUGUUAUUCCUUCCUGUCUCAUGUCCUCACACCUGCUCUGAUGUUUAUAAAAAAAAAAACACUUUUUAAGACUUUUUUUUAACAGGACCGUUUUGUCAGCAUGGAAGAGAAAGACGUCGACAUUGUGUCACGACUACUUGCUUGGACAAAAACACAAGAAGUCAUGAUAAAAUAUAAUUUUCCUGUAUAUAUUUCAUAUGUGACAUGCUUAUAAUGACGCCAACAUGUGACAUGCAGCUACAAAAAUGCUGAUUAAAAAGCAGCUUUCUUUGCGGAAUACAAGGUGUACCUAAUGACAUGACCGAUGAAUGUAUUAUACAUUAUAUCUAUAUUAAUAUAUAUUUUGUAAUAAUACUGGACUAUAACAACUAUUUGUAUAAUAAAUUACAAUAGGAGUAUAAUAAUAAUAAUAAUAUA